CAGCGAAAGAACCUCCCGAGCGUCUUGGAGCGGAAAAUUCGAGAAAAUCACAGCGCGCGAGUGCCAGAAAAUAUUUGAAAAAUCUGCCAACGAAAGGGAAAUAAAUCAAAGAAAAGGAAUUAUAGUGCAAAUCAUGUGGGGAAUCCUAUUGCCACUGGCGGCCCUAUUGGCCCUCGUUUCAAAUGGCGCGGCCAUCAGGUGCUAUGUCUGCGAUUCCAGUGAUAAUCCCAGCUGCGCCGAUCUGGGCUCAAAUUCCAGCAUAGUGGCGGAGGAGUGCACUUUGGACAAAAUGAAAUCGCUGGACACCUGGCUAUUUGACUUGAAUAAGUUCUCAUAUUUCGAUAAUGGCGCCAACAAAAGUCCGCUCAUGAAUUGCACUACUUAUCGGUGCUAAACAAAUAGUGUUCAAGUGGUCUUGGUCUGGAUACCAAGGCCAUCCGGAAAACGCAUCGUUAAAGAUAUGGUCGAAUGAUUCCACGAAUGAUUCGUCGAUAAGAUUAAUAACUUACGCACCGAGUGCAACAGCAAUUAAUACAUUGAUUAAGCAAACAAUAGGCAUUCUUUGUUACCCGGAUUAAAUUGAAUGAUUAUUAUAUAUUUUAGGAGUGCACUUUGGACAAAAUGAAAUCGCUGGACACCUGGCUAUUUGACUUGAAUAAGUUCUCAUAUUUCGAUAAUGGCGCCAACAAAAGUCCGCUCAUGAAUUGUCAAAAAGUUGUGGCCAAAGAUCCUGAUACAAGAAAAGUGGUGACGGCGCGCUUCUGCCAACUGGACACCGGCGACUCGGAUGCCUGUGAGAUCCUGCGUACCAAGCUGCGCAUCCCGAGCCCCGAGGAGCGGGAGCAGCGGAAUCGCAACCAGAACAAGCGAAGGAAGGGCCACGGCCAGGAUGCGGAGGAGGACGACGAAAUCUCCGCGGAGGAUGCGUUCUUUUGCGGCAUCUGCAAAUCGCAUCGCUGCAAUGGUGCGGCGGCCGUAACGCUUUCCCUGGCUUCGAUUCUUUCCAUGAUUGCGCUCCAAUUGGGCUGCUAAAGCCAAGUUGGAUGGUGUGUAAGGGAUAUGGACAGAUAACCGUGGAACGAGUGGUGGCAUGAUGGUUGCAUUUAGGUUGAGUUACCCUUAGCGUUACCCUCGCCGAUCCGAUUACUUUGUAAAUAUUUGAGUGCAAUGUCGCUGAUUCGUACAGGUGCUUCAAUGCCACUCACUACUUGAACCCAUUUAACCCCCUACUCCCUUAACCCUAGAAAUGUAAGCACAGCACAUACACGAUACACCGAAACACCGAUACAGUACAUAAAAGAAGGAAAACACACACGGAAAAGUUCGCUUUGAUUCAAAACAAAUAUGAAACUUUCGAUUUCGAAAUAAAUACCGGCAAAAUAAAGAGUAGGGAUAUGUAUGUGUGUGUUACCAUGCAUCCUAUAUAUCAAUGUUUGGCAUUCUAUGCCAUUAGCUCUUGUUGUUCAGCUUUAUUAUGUUACUAUUCAGAUUGUUAGUUUUAAUGGCUUGGAGCGAUGAGCAUAGGAAUUCACCAAUUGCCUUUAAUUCUGAUAUUAUUUCUUAGGUAAAUUGAAAUUCAAAAGUGCUUAUAUGUCUAGUCAAUGAAUUCGUGUUAGAAUAUUGAAAAUUUGAUAGUACGUAAAUAUACUGUAAAAGCCGCAAGCAAACAACAAUCAACUUAAUGCAAGACGCGAAUUUAGGAAUCACGUGAAACAAAUGCAAUAAAUGUUAGUAAAUGUGCAAUUAGAGGAAAAUGUCAACAAAAAGCAAUGCAACAAUUAUUCCGUGAGCUUCAAAUCACCUAAAAAAAAAAAAAAACAACACACUAUAUAGUACCAUAUGUUUUUUUGCGACGCGUUGAGCUCUCAGUUCUGCUUAGUUUGUAAGCGGUUUUUGAAAUGAAAACUAAAUUGAACAUUCCGAGCACACAAUAAAUGCUGUAUGACAGUAUAAAAG